CACACAUAGCUGAUAAAUUGCUAGUUAUGUUGUUACUUCUAUGAUGUUUAUGUAAUAUUUAUAAUGUUUAAAAAUUGAAGUUGUGAAUUUAAUUUUAAUUAAUUCGGGAGGUGAGAAUGGCAGAUUCUGAAGUUCGAAAGCCGAGGCGAACUAGGGGAACGCCUUCGUAUCGGUAUAGAAAUUUCUUCGCUUUAGGAGUAAUAGCAGUUAGUUCAGCGUGGGGUUUGCUACUUCAUUACUCUCCGGGUGGACAGAAGUUGAAGAAGCUCAUAGAGGAGGGACUGCUGGAAGACUCGGUGGCCCUCAAAGAGAAACGGCAAUUGUUGAAUAUGUUCAUUGCCCCAAAAAGCGUAGAAAGUUUAAAGAAAAUUUUGGAGGAUGAAUCCAAGUAACAUUCAAGCAAUUUACUGUAGACUUUAGUAGAUAUUACUGUUUUUUUUUUUUUGUUUUUUUUUUUUUUUAAAUCUUUCAAAAUGACUGAUGAAGCACGCAGGCCAAGUUAUCGCUCACAUGUAACAAAAAGAAGUAAAUUAACACUAUCCUUAAAAAGUGAUUCGUUUAUUAAAUGCUCUGACAAUGUUAAAACUGGUCACACCACAUUACGAGAUGAAUUGUCUCAGCAUUCCACAAGAAAUGUCGGUAAAAGCCUUGCUGGUGAUGAAAACAACCUCUCCGUCUCCUGCGAGACCAGAACGAGCGCAGAGCGCAUAAGUAAGGCGGAGGAAGAUGCAGUAAGUGUUGAAAGUCGUUCAGUGAAACUGGAAGAAGACGCUGCGCCCAACGCUCGCUCACACGCUGACGAAGCGAGGCAAGUACUGGAUGUGUCGUCAAGUUCGGACGAACAGAUAACUCGUGGCGCCCAGCCGCCCGACUUAAAUGAGUGCUCGUUAGGAGGAAAUUUGUUUGUCGAUGACACGCCGGGUUUGAAAUGCUCGCUCCAAGCGACGUGUAAUACAGAGGCGAGCGUUCCAGCAGGCGGGGUAUCGAGAGCGGAGAAGGACGCGUUGAUCCCCAACUGUGUCGAUAAGGAAGGGUUGUUGGAUCUGGAAGUUGAAGAAGGCGAUGGCGCUCGCAAAGUGGAGACGUGGCUGGACAACCAGGACUUCACGGAGCGUCGCGACGCGGGGGGAGACCCGGGGCCCGGGGCGGGCGGGCGGAGCGUCACCUCGGAGUUCUUCAGCGAGGGCACGGCGACGUGUCCCCUGUGCUGGCGGAGGCUGGAGAGGAAGGCGACGGCGCACCUGAAGCUGUGCGCGGCCAGGCACGGCGUGGGCACGCAGCAGCUGCUGGAGGCUCUGGAGCUGCAGCGCAGGCAGGCGGGGGAGCGCAGCGCCCUGGGACUGCCCCCGGGCCCCGUCGCCAGGCCGCCCGCACACAAGAAGGGCGCGGCGAAGGGGGACGCCAGCCUGGACCUGGCGCUGGCCCUGUCUGUGUCCCUGCGAGAGGCGGAGGAGCGGGAGGAGCGGGAGCUGGGGCAGUGCCUGGUGGAGCCGGGGGGACUGAGCCCGGGCGCCGUCGGGCGCCAGCGCCGCCUGCUCGAGACGUUCGGCUUCACCAGCUCGCGCCCCGCGCUGCCGCCCGCCCGCCCCAGGACAGGUGCGACGAGGGCGCGGCAGAGGAGCUACCCGCUGCUGAGCCGCUCGCGGGCGGAGAGGGAGCGGCUGGUCACGGAGAAGGUGGCCAUCGUGCUGAUGGGCGAGGAGGGGGCGGAGCGUGCGCCGGCGCUGAGCCGCGAUGCUUGGCGGCACGUCGCCGCCGUCUCGUCUCGCCUGCUGCUGAGCCUCCGGGAUGCCGAGAACCGGCUGUGGGAGAUGGCGCGAGACGCGUCGGAGUGCACGGACACCAGUGCCUACUACGUGCGGGCGCUGGCGAGCCACAUCUCGCCCUGCAAGGUGGCGCCGGGGGCGCGGCUGAGGCGCCUCUCCCAGAUGCAAGGCCGUGCCAGCACGCCCAAGCAGUCGUCGGACAGCGAGAAUGUUGAUCGCAUUGGGUUGCCGGUCGUCUCAAGUGGAGACAGAUCUGUGAAGACGCCCAGUCAGCAAGCAAGGGAGAAGUUGAAGAAAGUCAGAAAGCUCCUGGACUUCUCGCCGGCGACGCAGAGUCCCGGUCCGGGGAGGAGGCAGCGGAGGGCGGACCGGUCGGGCUCGCUGAGCGCGGACUGGGCGUCGGUGCUGAACAAGCGCGCGAUGAGCGACGUGACGGUCCUCGUGGCCGGGGGCCGGGAGAUUCCGGCACACAAGCUGGUGCUGUACGCCCGCUGUCCCGCGCUCCUCUGCGACCUCAUCAAGGAGGAGAGCGGCGGGACGGUGCGGGAACUGCUGUCGUGGGCGGACGUCCCGUACGGAGCGGCGCUGGCGUUCCUCGAGUUCCUGUACUGCGGCACGCUGAGCCGGGCCCUGCGUCUCGGGGACGAGCUGUCGGGCUUGAAGGAGCUGGCCCGGCGGUACCAGGUGGUGGAGAUCACCCGGCACCUGGCGGUGAUGCGCAGGGUCCGGGCGAGCGUGUCCUUGGACGGUGGCUACGGCAGCAACACCAGCACCGCCUGCAGGGCCGUCGAGGCCGGGAGAUCCGCUCGGAAGGCUGACACCACCACGGAUUCUCCCGACCCGCGUAGGGGAGACCAAAAGGCACGUACCACUCCAGAACCUCAAAAACUAAACUCGUCUUGUGACGAUGUGCGUGCGUCGCAGUGUUAUUCCCCGGACAUGUUCGACGAGACAACGCUAGAAGAACACGCUGCUGAAGAUGGUGUAUCUCAGGGUAGUCGAGCGUUUGUUGACUGCUUGUUGAGCCUGAUCAACAAAGCAGAUGCGCCUGGUUCUGACAAAACGGACGAAAUGGACGUCUGUCGCUCCGGGUCAAAGACGUCUGGUGACGGGCAGAUUACAAAGGAAAGUGAAUUGCAUUGUGGCCUAUUAGGUGGAUCUAGUGAAAAUAUAUUUCUAAAAAAAUAUACAGUUAGUGAAAAUCAGAACAAUGGAGAUAUUAAUGAAAGUCUUUCGAGUGAAAUUUUGUCAACUAAUAUCCAUGCUCAAACAUUCACUGAAACAAAUGUUGAAGGCAGCAGAAAAUGUUCACUCACACCUAACGCACAUGAUAAAAAUUUCGUCAGCAGUGUUACAGCAGGAAAUACUUCCCACCUUCCGAUCAUGGACUUGACCCAGGAUAGCUCAGAUGAAGAAAUGUCUAUGCAAAGAAGAAGAAAAUCAAAUAAAAUUAACAGCGUACGUGCAGGUGAAGAGCGUGAUAAAGGAUCAUGUAGUCCUGGAACUUGUGAAGUUUCUCCUCUCGGCAAGGAGGCGGGCCCACGUGAAACUCCAACGAAACGAGACGGGCCAAAAGAGUCUGAUCGUGGUGGGGAUUCCGAGCCGGAUGUCGCAUUCGUCGACAACGUGUGGGAUGAUUUUGAUGACCUGGGGGUCGUGCCGAACUUGUUGUUCUAUUCUUCACCUCCUUGUAAACCAGAGGUUUUCGGUCCCAGCCGGGACUCGGGGCGGAAGUGUCGGAGUCGGGGCGCGGAGUCGAGUCCCGGGAGCGGCGGGGGAACGCGGCCGGAAGCGGGAGCGCCGUCGCCGGGGAACGCAGACUGCAGUUUCAGGAACCUGCUGGAGGACUCCCUGGGGCCCGGCCUGGACAGCAGUGCGCUCUGGCGCGGGGAGAGCACCGGGGCCGGCACCCCGGAGGAGCCCCGGGAGACGGACCUGGACGUGACCCCGCUGCCUGACUACAGCACCAUGAAGACGCCUCUGCUCAAGAAAGAGCUGCUGCGGUUCGGCCUGAAGCCCCUGAAGAGGAACCAGGCAAAGCUGCUCCUCCGGCACAUCUACAACGAGAUGCACCCCUUCGCUGGCGGCGCGCCCCCCGGGGCCCAGCACGGCGGGUCGCUGUUCAGGGAGCCGAACGCUGACACCGUCGUGCCCAGGAGUCCCGUGAAGAGGCCGGCCAGCCAGCCGUGCUGCUCGGACCGCGAGGACGUGUCGCAGGGCAGCUCCUGCGGCAGUCUCUCCAGCGACAGCUCCAUGGCCGAGGAGAGGAUCCACGAGGUGGACGAGUUGAGCCAGGCGGGCGGAGAGUCGUCUGAAAGAGAACCGAAAGACUUUGGAAAUGCUGUUCGCCAGUACAUCAAAGACACGCCCGAGUUGUACGAGAGAAUCCUGCGGUACGAGCCGAUCUGGCUGGAAGAGCUGCAAGCUAACCUCAAAGCACAGAAACUGAAGUUCAACCUGAACCAGCUUAUGGAUUAUCUGGAUGAGCAGUGCGUGACGUUCCGCACGGCUCAGGGCCAGCGCAGCCGAGCGAGGCGGAAGGAGCGCAAGAGGGCGGGCGGCUCCCCGGGGCAGCCAAUCAGAGGCCGGCCCAGGAAGCGAGCCUGCACCCAGCCCAGCUGACCGCAGACUGCCUCCCAUCCACCGAUCACUGCUCCAUCUGCGUUUGCACUGUUAUUUUCCGACCUUGUAAAUUUUAUCACAGUUAUGUAAAAUAUAGUGUUAACGUGUGCAUAGUAUCAAAACAAAUGUCCUGCAUUUUUCAUGACCUCUUUAGUAAUAUGACAGAAAAUCCAUAAUUCAUUACAAAGUUAUCGUUAUCUGGGUAAAGAUUUAUUUUUACACAUCCUGCUAUCAAGGGGAAAAAAAAAUCAGGAAAAUGCAUAUUACCGGAAUAACUGAAAUAAGUGGCACAAUUCCUUCCAGCACAGGAUUUAGGAUGAAGAUUGUGGUUUUGAUUUGCCUUCCAAAACUGGAUUGACCUCAGCUGGUGACCUUGAUCCAUACUUUGGAAUUUAAAAUAUUACACACCGAUUGGAACAUCAAACCCAUAUUAAUUACGAUUUUACUUAACUCAUAAAUCAGUUAUUUCAUAAAGAAAAUAUUUUAUUUAUUAUUUAUUAUAAUUGUGACAUGCCUACCUAUGGAUAGAUGCCUUAGAUGGUAGGCAAAAUACAAAUAUACUAAUUCAAACAAGAUAAACAUUUAUACAAAGCUAAAAGAGAAGAAAUACAAAACAGCUACAAGGAUAUGAAUACGUACUAGACAACACUAAACAAUACUGGACAACACCUAUAACUAAACACACAUUGAACUAGGGGAGAGAAUUAGGGAAUGGUACUGCUCUUUUUACAGUUAUUUUGUCAUUUUGCAAUUUAAGGAAGCUGUUAUACAUGUCAAAGUUUUUGAUGAUACUAUUGAAAAAUGUCAUAUUGUUUAUUGUUUAUAAUAAAGGUUUGUAUUGACUGUUGGAA